AUGGACAUCCCGACUCUUGGCCAGUACACCCGACGCAAGUCGCAUGAAGGGCCAAGAUCGAAUAUCUGGGCCACCGCCGCGGGCCUCUUGUACCUCGUCCUGACAGCAGCAACAUCCGUGGGCUUUCUCUACCUCGCGAGACCCACGCUCGAAAACGACAUGUUCUGGCGGGACUUUUCCACGUUGGGGGCCCAAGUGUACUUGUUGAAUGCCGUGAAUCGCGAAGUGGGGUACGGACGUCGUAGCAGUGGCGUGGACUUCAUCGGCCCCGUCAAUUGGGCGUCCAUUCAGCAACGCUACGACCCGACAGCAUCGGUGGAAGUCAAACCGACAGCACCGCGCCUCGUCGCACUGGCCGAUCCGACCAUGCACACAAUUGAGGCUGCAAUCGUCGCACUCCAGUCCCUCGACGCAUUCUACUCGUUGUUUUUGCUAAGCCAAUUCUGCUGGGUUGACUUUGAAAAGCGAUGGGAACUUGCCCACACGUCGGCUCGUGCGAAACGGUGCCUCGAUCAACCUUUCUAUCACAAGAACGCUGCCGCGUACCUUGAGUCCAUGCUGCGGAAUGUCGCGUGGGAGUCAUUUAUCCAGACGUGGGCGUCAUACUUCAACAGCGGCAUUGUACCGUACGUCAACUCGACAGCGGACGGACCUGCGUGGUUUCGCCGCACCGCGAACGCGUUUCAGGACGUGCCGACAGAAGCCGCGUUCUGGCGCUCUUACGGACUCGACCAUCACCGCAUCAACUGGGGCAACAGAUACCAAGCGGCCAUGACCGACACCGUCGUGAUCGAAAACGCUCUCGGGCUGACUCAGUCGCUGACACUCAGUCGCAUUCCUGUCACCGCUCGCGGGAAUCUAUGGACGUCCAACACGCUCUAUUGGGCAUUUGUCAAUGACUUGUGGUACGCUAGCUCGCAAGGCAAAUCCAGCGCCGUGCGGCAAGCCCCCAACUACGUUGGCAAGUUGAACCCGACCAUUCACGAAAACUUCUUUUCUCAAACCCCCAUGACGGCCUUUCUCCACCAUUUCGUUGGUCCCGUCCUAUCCAUCGACGCUGCUCUCGUAGCGCCACCGUCCUCGUUGAUGCAGCUCGUGGCCGAAUUCGAGCAUGCUCUCGUUGUCUUGUUGUCCAAACACGAUGACGCUUCCAACGCCUUCCACACAAUACCCAUCGAAGCGCUGGAUCCCGUACCGACGUCCUGGCACCCAAAUCAACUCGGCCAUGCCACGUAUUUCGGUGGCAGCCCCCUUUGUAUUUUCAAUGGCGGCACGCCGUUUGUGCAGCCCCAGUUCUCGUUCGACGAUUCGUGCUCCAGUGAAGUACCAUCCACCCUUCGGGCUGCUCCCGCCUCGUUGGUCUUUUCCAUCGCAUGUCUUGGCGUAACAGGGCCUUCCAUUUCCAUCUCAGAGUCAUGUGCGGCAUGUAACUCGACGUUCGGCCGCUGCAAGGCGUCCAUGGCUUCUGCCGUGCAGUGGACUUCCGUGUAUGCCUCUCUCCUGCCCGACAUGAACUCCCUCAUCCGAGCUGCCAUGGCCGACAUCGUCGCUCAGGAAAUCACGCUGGUCCAGUUCGCUGCUGUUGAAGGUGACAACGUCAUGCUCCAGCAUCCCAUUCUAGCCAACCAGACGUCCCACUUCGACUUGUUCGGCUGGACCAUGUUGAUGGAGUGGGCGCAAGGUUACCGCGAAUGCGUGAAGUUCCAUGGAGACACCAACUCGCACACGAUGCUGUCCGAGCGCGUCAUGGUGAUGGACAUGCGACCUUCGCCGCUCGAGGUGCCUGCGUUUUCGUGCGUCUAUCUGUGGUACAUCGGAGUCUCUACGUCGGCCGUGAUCGUCGGCCUGGUCGUCGUUGCGUUGGUGUACGUGGGUAUCGAACGGCUGCACCAUACGCUUCAGUGGCGACACCUCUUUGUCUUCAACCGCGUUGCCGGACCCGUGUGGAUCGGCCGACCGAUGCUGCUCAUCCGCGCUCUGAUCGCCCUCAUAGUACUGAGCACUGCUCCGCUCGACUUUGUCGGAAACGGCGGCAGUCGUUUUGAGCUGCGACCGCGCCACUGGGUGAGCUCGUGGAUCAUCGCUGGGGAGGCUACGUGGCUCACAUACGUCGCCAGCGACAUUCUCCUCGUUCUUGCCAAUCCAGAGGCAUCGAAAUGGAGCGCCCCCAUGAGUUCCACGAUGGUUUGGGUUUUCACGUUUGCCAUCGACGUUGCUUCCCCAGUGACCCUUCGUUCCAAGUUGGGACGCCAUUGCACCCGCGUCAACGUCGACCAGGAAGUGACAUGUGUCAGUGGCGUGAUCGCCAUCGGGGACGUCCGCCGGUUGUACGGAAUUCUGUGUGUCAAUGCAGCCUGCCUUGUGACGUGUUAUCUCGGUGUGGCGCUAGUUUUGCGCUGCCGCAAACAGACCACUCCUAUGGUGUCCAGCAUUGGGAUCGACGUCGGCGGCAAGUCGGACCGGAAUGUUCCGUACAGCAUAUACGCGAGCGGAGCGACAUUCUUGAGCUGUACGUUUGCAUCGACAUGGACGGUGAGCUCGCCCAUCGCGGUCCUGUGCGGUCUCCUUCCGUUCACGUUUCAAGGCCGCGGCUACGUCUUUGAUAUCAAGCUGUGGACCGUGUUCAACGCUGUCGAUACCGCUCAAGCCCAGGAGGACGUGACGCUAUUUCGAUCUUUCUACGUCCUGCGUCGAGCCUCGACCGUCGCGGCGAUAGACAAGGAACAGGGGUGGACGGAUUCGCAAGGGAAAAGGCCGAGAGCAACAACUGGAGCCUCUACGGCUCGGUCGCAGCUCCUCCUGGCCGUCGGCAUCAUCUACGUGGUUGCGUCGCUGAUGGGGUCGUACUCGUACUUGAUUGUGGCGAAAGGUCGCCUCUCGAAUGACUUUUGGUGGGAGCAUUUCAACUCGUCUGGCACGCACACGUUUCUGGCGAAUUGGUUCAAUCAGCAGCUCCUGUACAUGACGAACCAAGUCCAGAUCGAUGGCAUUCCCCUGCACGACCCCAAGUUUAGCGUCAUGGGGACGUUUGGCAGCGGCAAGGAAGAGGUCUCGAGCAGCAUCCUAUACCCUCGCCUCGUGAUGGGAAUCGAAGCGGGCGGCGCGCUUGCAGUCGCGAUCGACGGCUUACGGCGUACUAACCCGUGUCUCGUGCCUUGGAUCGCGACCCAACACUGCUGGCUCGACUUUGAAAAGAGAUGGGAGAUGGCCACGUCGGCGGCUCGCCAAAAUCGAUGCGUUGAAUCGAUGGCGACGAAUGGCGCAGUGUACGUCGAGUCUUUCCUUCGCAACACGGCAUGGGAAUCGUUCUCGACGUGUUGGGGGGCUGCCUUCUACACGUCCAUCGGACAAGAUCUGUUGAUGGACGUGUCUGGAAGGACAUGGUUCAGGUCGAUUCAGACCAGCCCGUCCACAUCCAUCGUCGAGGAAGUCAGCGUGUGGCGGCGGCACGGACUCGACUCGUUCCAAACGCAGUGGCAAAACUUCAAAACCAUCGGACUCGUCGAUAUGUUCAAUGUGCAAAACUCGUUCGGGUUGACGUUUCCCUUGUCGUUGAAGGCGUCCAACGGGUCCUUUCGCUUAUCGGCCCAGACAUCGCUCAAAAUGCACUGGACGUGGGCUGGGGACUUGACUGCGACGAUCUCGCCAUCGUCAUCUCUCGUCAACUGCAGCCUGUUGCGGUCGAGCUCUCGGUUUGCGUUUGCCAACACAACCAUGGAGCAGGCCCUUCUCACCAACGCCUCGUUUCUCCAAGCGCCGUUGAGCAAAGCCUAUCAAAUCUUUCAUGACGCGAUCGGUCCGUUUGGGUCCGUGGAUCUGUACCACGUGCCGAUUCCGCCAUCGCUUGCUCUGCUCAACAAGGUCGUGAUCGAAAUGGCGUCGGCAGUUCUCGCUGUUGCUUCGAACGAGACCACCACGGAAGCAUCUUUUCCAGCCCAAAUCGCGCUGGCAAAGGUGCCGUCCAUGACGCAGCUAGCGGCAGUGCCUCCAGAGUGGAAUGCAACCGUGUAUCGAAGUCAGGGUGGGAACAUUCUUUGCAACGACAGCCCUGGUACCGGCAUCGACAUGGGCGCCGUCCUCGCUGCCUUUACAGGAAUUGACUCGACGUGCAAUUCUGCGAUUGGAGAUCGAAUUUACCUGUCGAAACUCCAACAAGCGUUUGCGCUGACCGGCGCUGGACUUGUGUCGGGCUAUGCCGAAGGUGUGAAGAAGGGUGAACGUGACGACGACUUGUCGUUGCAACUCGUCCGCCCGUUUUGCUCGGUGGAGAAGGUCGCACCAGCAAUGUGCGCCACCUCCUUUGCCGGGAUCCUCCGGUGGACUGCAGUGUACACUGCCCUCCACUCGAUGGACGCACUCACGUCCGACGCGCUUGACGACUUGUACCGGCUGAACAUUGAAAUCAUGCAAUACGGGCGCAACGUCAUGACAAAUGCCAUGUCGAUGCUCCGACGGCCUAUCUUCAAGCGUUCCGUCAACGAUCCGUACGCACUGGCCUCGUGGGGGCUCAUGUCCGAGUGGGUCCAAGGGUGUCGAGAAGUAUUCUCUGUGCAAGGCGACGUGGGGUCCAUCACCCUCGUGACUGCUCGUUCUGUUCCAGCCACUUCCAUGAUGAAUCCGAUGGAAGUCCCCGUGAACGUCGCGCUGUAUGUUCGUACCAUUUGCUUGUACAUCACCGGGGUUCUGUUCACAGUGAUGUCGCUCGUCAUGGCGCUGGCCGUUCGGUGUCGAUUUCGUGUCGAAGGGGCCAACUUUUUCAAGCUGAACCGUGUCGCUGGCAUCGCGUGGAUCGGACGGCCGCUGCUGUUGCUACGGGGCAUGUCUGCUCUCUGCCUUCUCUCAACUGGGUCCCUCCAACUCGUUGGUCUCGGCGGGAUGACCACGCUCGUCUCGAGCACGCCUCCAUGGUACACCGUCGUCCUCGCGUCUGGAGAGGUCGGAUGGGUUGUCUACGUUAUCAAUGACCUCACGACGCCGUACACAAAGCAUCUCACGCCCCAUUUUACCAACUUCGUCGGGUUGGCGUCGUGGGCUGCCGCUGCCGUCAUCAGUCUCGUACGUCCCGUCUCGCCGUCGGCGACCCUUCACAGAGACUGCUCGGUCGUACAGAUAGACAUGCAGCUUGUCUGUGUCUGCGGCACGGUGUAUAUUGGGGACGUGUCCCGCUUCACAACGUUGGUCGGUAUCGCUGUCGGCCUGUCGGUCGCAGGCGUGCUCGCCACGCGAGUUCACCAUCGUGGUCAACGGCGCACACCCAAGUCGCUUGGAAAACCAUCGCAUUUGUUGCCCGCUGGAGCCAAUUACUUGUUUAUGCGCCACGAUUGGAUGCACCACAACACGUUCUUCAUCGACUUGGCGUCGGCCGCCGCGGCGGGACUUCUCGUUGUGCAAUAUCAAUCACAUCACUACGUCCUCGACAUCAAGACCUGGCGGACACUUGUCGUGCCAACCUGCCACGAUGGAUUGGCAAAUCACCCAAAUGGCCCUAGUCUGCGCUAUGCCCUUCCAUUAGUCAAGUAG